GAUGGCGGCCAAGGUGGCGAAGCAGCGGCAGAGGCGGCAGCGGCUGCUGGAGUGAGCUCCCGGCUAGCCGCGCCAGGCGAGGUCUCCGGGCAGAGACGCGCGCCAGGGCCGCGUCCUGCUCCUCAGACUGAGGGGCGCGCCGCCUCCCACGCUCCGCCAGCUCCGGGUGGUUUCCUAGAAACAUGAUUGUUUGUUGGACUUGAUCUCACAUCCUGGUGAGGAUUUCUUUACUGAUAAUGUCAAGUUCAGGUUAUCCUCCCAACCAAGGAGCAUUCAGCACAGAACAAAGUCGUUAUCCUCCCCAUUCUGUUCAAUAUACUUUCCCCAGCAACCGUCACCAGCAGGAGUUCGCAGUCCCUGAUUAUCGUUCUUCUCAUCUUGAAGUCAGUCAGGCAUCACAGCUUUUGCAGCAGCAACAGCAGCAACAGCAGCUUCGUAGACGACCUUCCUUGCUAUCAGAAUUUCACCCAGGUUCUGACAGGCCUCAAGAAAGGAGAACUGGAUAUGAACAGUUUCACCCAGGCCCAUCCCCCGUGGAUCAUGAUUCACUGGAAUCCAAACGACCACGUCUGGAGCAGGUUUCUGACUCCCAUUUCCAGCGUGUCAGUGCUGCGGUCUUGCCUUUAGUGCAUUCGCUGCCAGAAGGGCUGAGGUCUUCUGUAGAUGCUAAGAAGGAUCCAGCAUUUGGAAGCAAACAUGAAGCUCCAUCUUCUCCAAUCUCUGGGCAGCCAUGUGGAGAUGAUCAAAAUGCUUCACCUUCAAAACUUUCAAAGGAAGAGUUAAUACAGAGUAUGGAUCGUGUUGAUCGAGAAAUUGCAAAAGUAGAACAGCAGAUUCUUAAACUGAAAAAGAAACAACAACAGCUCGAAGAAGAGGCAGCUAAACCCCCUGAGCCUGAGAAGCCUGUGUCCCCUCCUCCUGUGGAGCAGAAGCAUCGCAGUAUUGUCCAAAUUAUUUAUGAUGAAAAUCGGAAAAAAGCAGAAGAAGCUCAUAAAAUAUUUGAAGGUCUUGGCCCAAAAGUUGAACUGCCACUUUAUAACCAGCCAUCAGACACCAAGGUGUACCAUGAAAACAUCAAGACUGGAGUACCUGCAAGGCGCAUGAUGAAAAACCAGGUGAUGAGGAAAAAACUCAUUUUAUUUUUUAAAAGAAGAAAUCAUGCAAGAAAACAAAGGGAACAAAAAAUCUGCCAACGUUAUGAUCAGCUCAUGGAGGCAUGGGAGAAAAAAGUGGACAGAAUAGAAAAUAAUCCUCGGAGGAAAGCUAAAGAAAGCAAAACAAGGGAGUACUAUGAAAAGCAGUUUCCAGAAAUUCGAAAGCAAAGAGAACAGCAAGAAAGAUUCCAACGAGUUGGACAGAGGGGAGCUGGUCUUUCAGCCACCAUUGCUAGGAGUGAGCAUGAAAUUUCUGAAAUUAUUGAUGGGCUUUCUGAGCAGGAGAAUAAUGAGAAACAAAUGCGGCAGCUCUCUGUGAUCCCACCUAUGAUGUUUGAUGCAGAACAGAGACGGGUCAAAUUCAUUAACAUGAAUGGACUUAUGGAAGAUCCCAUGAAGGUUUAUAAAGAUAGGCAGUUUAUGAAUGUUUGGACUGACCAUGAGAAGGAAAUCUUUAAGGACAAGUUUAUCCAGCAUCCAAAAAACUUUGGACUGAUUGCAUCCUACUUGGAAAGGAAGAGUGUCCCUGAUUGUGUUUUAUAUUAUUAUUUAACCAAGAAAAAUGAGAAUUAUAAAGCCCUAGUAAGAAGGAAUUAUGGAAAACGCCGAGGAAGAAACCAGCAGCAAAUUGCCCGACCCUCACAAGAGGAAAAAGUAGAAGAAAAAGAAGAAGAUAAAGCAGAAAAAGCAGAAAAAAAAGAAGAGGAAAAGAAAGAUGAAGAAGAUAAGGAUGAGAAGGAAGAUUCUAAAGAAAACACCAAGGAAAAAGACAAGACAGAAGGUGCAGUAGAAGAAACUGAGGAGAAAGAACAGGCCACACCCCGGGGACGAAAGACAGCCAAUAGUCAGGGCCGCAGAAAGGGCCGCAUAACCAGGUCCAUGACAAAUGAAGCUGCAGCGGCCAGUGCUGCAGCCGCAGCGGCCACUGAGGACCCCCCACCACCUUUGCCACCUCCACCAGAACCCAUUUCUACAGAGCCUGUAGAAACCUCUCGAUGGACAGAAGAAGAAAUGGAAGUCGCUAAAAAAGGUUUAGUAGAACAUGGCCGUAACUGGGCAGCAAUUGCCAAAAUGGUGGGAACAAAGAGUGAAGCUCAAUGUAAAAAUUUCUAUUUUAACUAUAAAAGGCGACACAAUCUUGAUAACCUUUUGCAGCAGCAUAAGCAGAAAACUUCACGAAAGCCUCGCGAAGAGCGAGAUGUGUCUCAGUGUGAAAGUGUAGCUUCUACUGUUUCUGCUCAGGAGGAUGAAGAUAUUGAAGCCUCCAAUGAAGAAGAAAAUCCAGAGGACAGUGAAGGUGCUGAAAAUAGUUCUGAUACAGAAAGUGCUCCUUCUCCUUCACCAGUUGAAGCUGUCAAGCCCAGCGAAGAUAGCACUGAAAAUGCUACUUCUAGAGGAGAUACUGAACCUGUGGCUGAGCUCGUGUCUACAACUGAACCUGCACCCAGCGCAUCUCCCUCUCCAGCAGUUCCAAUUACAAAACCAGCUGAAAAUGAAAGUGUGGAGACCCAGGUGAAUGACAGCAUCAGUGUUGAGACAGCAGAACCUAUGGAUGUUGAACAUCAGGAAAGCAGUGCUGAAGUGACUUCAGUUCUUGAUCUCCCCACGACUACCAAAGCAGAAUCUUUAGAUGUUGAAAUGAGGGUGCCAGAAAACAACUCCUCUAAAGUGGACGAUGAUACCAAAGAAAGAGACCUAGAGAGAGGUAGUGAGAAUACUGAGUCUAGAGAUGAAGAUUUGGUUGUGACUCAGCAAAUAAAUGUCCAAAGGCCUGAACCCCAAUCAGACAAUGAUUCCAGUGCCACCUGCAGUGCUGAUGAAGAUGUGGAUGGAGAGCCAGAGAGGCAGCGAAUGUUUCCUAUUGAUUCAAAGCCAUCAUUAUUAAACCCCACUGGAUCUAUACUGGUCUCAUCUCCAAUAAAACCAAAUCCACUGGACCUGCCACAGCUUCAGCAUCGAGCAGCUGUUAUCCCACCAAUGGUUUCCUGCACCCCAUGUAAUAUACCAGUUGGAACCCCAGUGAGCGGUUAUGCCCUCUACCAGCGACACAUUAAAGCAAUGCAUGAGUCGGCACUCCUGGAGGAGCAGCGACAGAGGCAAGGACAGAUAGAUUUGGAAUGCAGAAGUUCUACAAGUCCAUGUGGCACGUCCAAGAGUCCAAACAGGGAGUGGGAAGUCCUCCAACCUGCUCCACAUCAAGUGAUAACUAAUCUCCCUGAAGGAGUUCGUCUUCCAACAACUCGACCAACUAGGCCACCUCCUCCACUCAUCCCAUCAUCCAAAACCACAGUGGCUUCAGAAAAGCCUUCUUUUAUACUGGGAGGCUCCAUCUCACAGGGAACACCUGGCACUUACCUGACUUCCCAUAAUCAGGCUUCUUAUGCUCAAGAAACAGCUAAGCCCUCGGUAGGCUCUAUCUCUCUUGGACUCCCACGGCAGCAGGAAUCUACCAAAUCAGCUACUGUGCCCUACAUUAAGCAGGAAGAAUUUUCACCCCGAAGCCAGAAUUCACAACCUGAAGGUUUAUUGGUCAGGGCCCAACAUGAAGGUGUGGUCAGAGGUACCACAGGAGCCAUUCAAGAAGGAAGUGUAACUCGGGGAACUCCAGCCAGUAAAAUUUCAGUGGACAGUAUCCCGUCGCUGAGGGGCUCUAUCACCCAGGGUACCCCAGCUCUGUCCCAGGCUGGCAUACCAAGUGAGGCAUUGGUGAAGGGAUCCAUUUCUAGAAUUCCCAUUGAAGAAAGCAGUCCUGAGAAAGGCAGAGAGGAAGCUGCUUCCAAAGGCCAUGUUAUUUAUGAAGGCAAAAGUGGACACAUAUUAUCAUAUGAUAAUAUUAAGAAUGCCCGAGAAGGGACAAGGAGUCCAAGAACAGCCCAUGAAAUCAGUUUGAAAAGAAGCUAUGAGUCAGUGGAAGGAAAUAUAAAGCAAGGAUUAUCAUUGAGAGAGUCCCCUGUAUCAGCACCAUUAGAGGGAUUAAUAUGCCGAGCACUACCCAGGGGGAGCCCUCAUUCUGACCUCAAAGAAAGGACUGUGCUGUCAGGUUCCAUAAUGCAGGGCACACCAAGAGCAACAACUGACAGCUUUGAAGAUGGCCUUAAGUAUCCCAAACAGAUUAAGAGGGAGAGUCCUCCCAUACGCGCAUUUGAAGGUGCCAUUACGAAAGGAAAACCUUACGAUGGCAUUACCACUAUCAAAGAGAUGGGGCGUUCCAUCCAUGAGAUUCCACGCCAAGAUAUUUUAACUCAGGAAAGUCGAAAAACACCAGAAGUAGUACAGAGUGCAAGGCCGAUAAUUGAGGGCUCCAUCUCCCAGGGUACACCAAUAAAGUUUGACAGCAACUCAGGUCAAUCUGCAAUCAAACACAAUGUCAAAUCCUUAAUUACUGGGCCUAGCAAACUACCCCGUGGAAUGCCUCCUUUGGAAAUUGUACCAGAGAAUAUAAAAGUAGUAGAACGAGGAAAAUAUGAGGAUGUGAAAGCAGGCGAAACAGUGCGUUCCCGGCAUACAUCGGUGGUAAGCUCUGGCCCCUCGGUUCUUAGGUCAACACUUCAUGAAGCUCCCAAAGCACAGCUGAGCCCAGGGAUUUAUGAUGAUACUGGUGCACGGCGGACACCUGUGAGUUACCAAAACACCAUGUCCAGAGGUUCACCAAUGAUGAGCAGAACUUCUGAUGUUACAAUUUCCUCUAGUAAGUCUACUAAUCAUGAAAGAAAAUCAACACUGACUCCUACCCAAAGGGAAAGUAUACCAGCAAAGUCUCCAGUUCCCAGCGUGGACCCUGUAGUAAGCCAUAGCCCUUUUGACCCACAUCACAGGGGCAGCACCGCGGGAGAGGUUUAUCGGAGCCACCUUCCCACACAUUUGGACCCAGCCAUGCCGUUUCACAGGGCUCUGGAUCCUGCAGCUGCUGCUUACCUGUUUCAGAGACAGCUUUCACCAACUCCAGGUUACCCAAGUCAAUAUCAGCUUUAUGCAAUGGAGAACACAAGGCAGACAAUCCUAAAUGAUUACAUUACCUCACAGCAAAUGCAGGUGAACUUGCGCCCAGAUGUGGCUAGAGGGCUCUCCCCCCGGGAGCAGCAGCUGGGUCUCCCAUACCCAGCAACAAGAGGAAUCAUUGACCUGACCAAUAUGCCUCCAGCAAUUUUAGUGCCUCAUCCAGGGGGAACAAGUACUCCUCCCAUGGACAGAAUCACUUAUAUUCCUGGUACACAGAUUGCUUUCCCUCCCAGGCCAUACAACUCUGCUUCUAUGUCUCCAGGACACUCAACACACCUGGCAGCAGCUGCAAGUGCGGAAAGAGAACGUGAAAGGGAGCGGGAGAGGGAACGGGAGAAGGAGCGGGAGCGGGAGCGGGAGCGGGAACGGGAUCGAAUUGCUGCAGCAUCCUCAGACCUCUACCUUCGGCCAGGCUCAGAACAGCCCGGCAGACCUGGCAGUCAUGGUUAUGUUCGCUCCCCGUCCCCUUCAGUGAGAGCGCAGGAGACCAUAUUGCAGCAAAGACCCAGUGUUUUCCAGGGAACCAAUGGAACCAGUGUAAUCACACCCUUGGAUCCAAGUGCCCAGCUACGUAUCAUGCCGUUGCCUGCUGGGGGCCCCUCAAUAAGUCAAGGCCUACCAGCCUCCCGUUACAACACUGCUGCGGACGCCCUGGCUGCUCUCGUGGAUGCUGCAGCUUCUGCCCCCCAGAUGGAUGUUUCCAAAACAAAAGAGAGUAAGCAUGAAGCUGCCAGGUUAGAAGAAAAUUUGAGAAGCAGGUCAGCAGCAGUUAGUGAACAACAGCAGCUAGAGCAGAAAACCAUGGAGGUGGACAAGAGAUCUGUUCAGUGUCUGUACACUUCUUCAGCCUUUCCAAGUGGCAAGCCCCAGCCUCAUUCUUCAGUAGUUUAUUCUGAGGCUGGGAAAGAUAAAGGGCCUCCUCCAAAAUCCAGAUAUGAGGAAGAGCUAAGGACCCGAGGGAAGACUACCAUUACAGCAGCUAACUUCAUAGACGUGAUCAUCACCCGGCAAAUUGCCUCGGACAAGGAUGCAAGGGAACGUGGCUCUCAAAGUUCAGACUCUUCUAGUAGCUUAUCUUCUCAUCGGUAUGAAACAACUGGUGAUGCAAUUGAGGUGAUAAGCCCUGCCAGUUCACCUGCACCACCGCCUCAGGAAAAACUACAGGCCUAUCAACCAGAAGUUGUUAAAGCAAAUCAAGCAGAAAGUGAUGCCUCCAGACAGUAUGAAGGCCCAUUGCAUCACUAUCGACCGCAGCAGGAAUCUCCAUCUCCCCAACAGCAGCUCCCGCCAUCAUCCCAGGCAGAGGGGGUUCCCAGAACCCAUCGACUCAUCACACUUGCUGAUCACAUCUGUCAAAUUAUCACACAAGAUUUUGCUAGAAAUCAAGUAUCCUCACAGCCUCUCCAGCAGCCUCCCACUUCUACAUUCCAGAAUUCACCAUCUGCUUUGGUGUCUACACCCGUGAGGACUAAAACAUCAAAUCGUUAUAGCCCAGAAUCUCAGUCACCAUCUGUCCACCAUCAAAGACCAGGUUCAAGAGUCUCUCCAGAAAAUCUUGACAAAUCGAGGGGAAGGCCUGGAAAAUCCCCUGAGAGGAGUCAUGUGUCUUCAGAGCCCUACGAGCCCAUAUCCCCACCCCAAGUACCAGUUGUGCAUGAAAAACAGGACAGCAUGCUGCUACUGUCUCAGAGAGGAACAGAGGCUGCAGAACAGAGAAAUGAUUCCCGGUCACCAGGGAGUAUAAGCUACUUGCCUUCAUUCUUCACCAAGCUUGAAAACACAUCACCCAUGGUUAAAUCAAAGAAGCAGGAGAUUUUUCGUAAGUUGAACUCUUCUGGUGGAGGUGACUCUGAUAUGGCAGCUGCCCAGCCAGGAACUGAGAUCUUUAAUCUGCCAGCAGUUACUACCUCAGGCUCAGUUAGCUCUAGAGGUCAUUCUUUUGCUGAUCCUGCCAGUAAUCUCGGUCUAGAAGACAUUAUCAGAAAGGCUCUCAUGGGAAACUUUGAUGACAAAGUUGAGGAUCAUGGAGUUGUUAUGUCCCAACCUGUAGGAGUAGUGCCUGGUGGUGCCAACACUUCGGUUGUGACCAGUAGUGAGACCAGGAGAGAGGAAGGGGACCCAUCACCUCAUUCAGGAGUUUGCAAACCAAAGCUGAUCAGCAAAUCCAACAACAGGAAAUCUAAGUCUCCUAUCCCUGGGCAAGGCUAUUUAGGAACUGAACGUCCCUCUUCAGUCUCCUCUGUACAUUCAGAAGGAGAUUACCACAGGCAGACACCAGGAUGGGCCUGGGAAGAUAGGCCCUCUUCAACAGGCUCAACUCAGUUUCCUUAUAACCCCCUGACAAUGAGGAUGCUCAGCAGUACACCGCCAACGCCAAUCGCAUGUGCCCCCUCUUCUGUGAACCAAGCAGCUCCUCACCAACAGAACAGGAUCUGGGAGCGCGAGCCUGCCCCGCUGCUCUCAGCACAGUAUGAGACGCUGUCGGACAGUGACGACUGAUCUGCACAGACUAGGGGUCUUUACCGGGUCAGGGUGCAGGAGCGGGAUGUCUGGUUAGUGGUGGUUUUAUUUUCAAUUGCUAGUCAAAAACUUGUCUCCAUGACUGGUGCCCAGAGACUUUUCAGAAGAGCCUGGACCACGGAUGGUGAAGAAAUGACGGAAAUUUAUUUGGAGAGUCAAAUGGGGGUGGGGUGGGGGGCUGCCUUUGAGACAGGCAAUUCAGUGGAUUAUAAUAAUAGUGGAGGGCUGAAAUGUAGAGUUUUUAAAAAGUGGACAAUUCCUGUUCUUACAUCUGUUUGUAAAGAAAACCAUAAUGUCUUUAAAUCACUCUUCUGUAAAUAGAUUACCUUUUUUGCAGUGUU